AUGGAUACAACCAACGCAAGUUCAUCCCCUCCGUCGACCAAUGAAAAGGACGUCGGUACCGUGCGGAUUGUAGAGAAAUCCAAUGUGUAUAAUGCGCAUAUCGACGUCGACGGCGUAGACGAGCGAAAGCUCAUGCGGAAGAUUGAUAUCGCAUUGAUACCCUGGCUGUCUUUCUUGUAUCUUCUGAGCUUUUUAGACCGUACGAGUAUCGGAAACGCCAAGCUCUACAAUCUAGAGGAAGACUUGCACAUAACUGACAACCAGUACCUCAUAGCGUUGACCAUCUUCUUCUUCAGCUACUCCAUCUUCGAGGUUCCUUCGAAUGUGUUUUUGAAACGCUUGCGCCCGUCCAUAUGGCUGUCGGCUCUCAUGUUCUUUUGGGGUAUAAUGAUGACCGUCCAAGGUUUAGUGCACAAUUAUGGCGGCCUCUUAGGGAUGCGUUGGAUGCUCGGAACAUUCGAAGCUGGCCUGUUUCCUGGUGUUAACUAUUACUUAUCAUGCUGGUACAAACGUUCCGAGUUUGGUAUCCGGGCUGCCGUGUUCUUCUCUGCCGCUACUGUGUCCGGUGCAUUUGGAGGUUUACUGGCGGCCGCUAUAUCGAACAUGGAAGGAAUCGGCGGAAAACCGGCUUGGGCUUGGAUUUUCAUCCUGGAGGGCCUCAUCACUGUGGUCGCGGGAAUCGCCUCAUUUUGGAUUAUCCAAGACUUCCCUGACACGGCCAAGUUCCUCUCAGAACAAGAGAGAACUGUGGUGGUCCGGAGAUUGCAAGGGGAUGACCAGUUUAGCGCGGCUGGCGAAAAGUUAAGGAUGAAAUACAUCAUGCAGAGCUUACUCGAUUGGAAGACUUAUGUCGGGAUCGUGAUUUACGCGGGUUGCGAUAUGCCACUGUAUGCGUUCUCUCUAUUUUUACCAACCAUCAUCAAUCAGGCAAGUUUCAAUGCCACACCAGCAAAUCUUCUGACGGUUCCUGUCUAUGUGUUCGCUUGUAUCGUAACAUGUCUUGUAGGCUUCUUCGCUGACAGAUGGGGCCGGCGUGGUUAUUUUAACCUUGUGUUCCUUUCUCUCGGCGCUGCGGGUUACAUCAUUCUCAUCGCUUCGAGAAGCGCCGCACUAUCAUACUUCGCUGUAUAUCUUGCGACCUGUGGAAUCUAUCCCGUCAUCCGUGAUGCUUGGAUGUCCAACAAUGUGGAAGGAUCCUACAAACGUAGUGUUUCUUUGGCAAUGGUGAUCAGCUUCGGAAACAUAAACGGUGCAGUUAGUUCAAAUGUGUACCGAGCCAAGGAUAAACCUCGGUACAUACUUGGUGCAAAUAUAGGUCUGGUGCUUAUGUACAUUGGUCUUGGUAUCACCUUCACCUUGAUCUACCUGUUCUUUGCGAACAGAGAGAACGAGAAACGAGAACGAGGAGAAAGGGAUGAAAUCAUCGGUGAUGAAGACGCACAAGGAAACGAAAGCAACGGUCGAUUCGUUACAGUCGAAGCAGCCAAGAGGGAGAAGGGCGAUGCAUGGAGCGGAUAUAAGUACACCCUAUGA